AUGUACAUGCAGGCUCGUCAAUUGGUGGACACAGUUACCAUGACACAGAAUUGGUUACUGGAAGAUCGAUAUGUUAUUUACGAUAAUUUUGUACCAUACCAGGAACUAAGUUAUAAUAUAUUAGUGUUCGUGCUCUGGUCACCCUUCUUGGUGAAGGGCACGGAGAAGGCCAAGGGAGGAGCGACUGGAGCAGAAUUGGAUGUACCUGGAUCAGUCGAGCGAGUGGUGGGCGGCGGAGUUCUGGGACGACAAACAACGAAAAAUCAGAAGGAGCCACAGAGCCGGAAACAUGGCGAGGCGCUCCUUUUUCCCCAGAGCCCAGACCCAACACGUACCGCUGCCGGUGACGAUCUGCUCAAAGUGCCGGUGUCCCCAUGGGUGCUCCGUGCUCCAGGUUCCGUCGUGCAGGGGCAAGCAAGGGACGACACCGCAGCCCCAAACGCAGCUGCUCGCCACUCGCCGCGGCGAUGCUCGUCGGAGGUGCCGGGAGCUCACCUCAUGAAGACGGACGAACAAGAGCAGACCGGAAUGGCGGAGUCGCCAGAGCAUGCACCGGAGGCAGAUCCAGAACAGGAGCCAGACCGGCGCCAGCUGCGACACUGGUGGAUGAAUCGGCAUAUGCAGCGAAGAGCAGCGCACUGCAGGCCGAAGGACGGCGGACGGUGUGAGUUCUGCGGGCGGACAGAAUGUCUGUUGCAGGCCGAAAAUGAAGCAAUGUGA